UCAGCUGAUGUGGAGUGUUGCCCAGCAUCAGUCAGGUUUUGGGGGAUUUUGCAGUUAUUCAUUCUGUUCUUCUCAGCUUCACCCCACAGAUGGUCUAAACAUGAAGCAAAAUACCGAUGUUGUGCAAAGCACAUGAGAAACAAGAUGAUUAGCACAAAGCAAUACCACCAGAGCACUUUAUAUGAACUAUUCUGAAAUUCAUCAGGCUUUGAUAGACAUAGCUGAAAGUGAUCAACAACCAUCAGCAGCUGUCCAUGAGGCAAAGUCCCUAAAGCUGGAUCAGUUGGAGACCGCUUUGUGCGUCAUUUAGACUGACAUAGUACAAAAACAAAUAGUGUGAAUAAAGCUCUACGGGAGGCUGGCAUAGAGUUGUGCACUGUUGUGAAUUUGAGGGUCUUUUAGAACGCUUUCGUGAUACCUAUGGUGAAUUUCAUGUGUUUGAAGCAGUUGCAACAGAUCUCACCAAGCAACUACAAUGAGACCCCACAAUGCAAAUGACAGCAAUUUUUGGGUGACGUUUAUAUGGGUAAUACUCUCGGAUUGGAGUGCCAAUGGCAAAUUUCACACAUUGUGCUUCUAUCUUAUGGAUAAACUUACUGUUGAGAUUGUCAAACAAGCAGCAUAGCAUGCACCACAUUAAAUUAAAAGAUUUCGUUUUCUUGUGGUUAGGUCAAUGCCCGGAGAGGAAGUCUCUAGAGCAAGACCAUUAAUCAAUACCUACCCGUCCAAUCUCGAACAUGCAUUUACUGAUGUAUUUCUGUGGUUCUCUGUAUACAUACGGGAGGAGAAAUCUGUGGCACAAAUGAUCAUAAAUAACUGACAAGUUUUCCAAAUGUCAACAUUGCUUUCAGAAUGUCUCUUCAUCUUGGGCACAAAUUGUGAAGGCGAGCAAUAUUUUCACAGUUAAAACUUAUAAAGAACUGUCUUUGGUCCACCAUGGGACAGAACGACUAUCUUCACUUGCACUACUUUCAACUGAGAGAAAUGGCAUUUCACAAUGCUGAUCAACUGACAGAAGAGCAGAUUGCAGAGUUCAAAGAAGCCUUUUCAUUAUUUGACAAGGAUGGUGAUGGUACUAUAACAACAAAGGAAUUGGGAACCGUGAUGCGAUCGCUUGGUCAAAACCCCACGGAAGCUGAGCUACAGGAUAUGAUCAAUGAAGUAGAUGCUGAUGGCAAUGGCACAAUUGAUUUUCCAGAAUUUCUGACAAUGAUGGCAAGAAAGAUGAAAGAUACAGACAGUGAAGAAGAAAUUAGAGAGGCAUUCCGUGUGUUUGAUAAGGAUGGAAACGGUUAUAUUAGUGCUGCGGAACUUCGCCAUGUGAUGACAAAUCUUGGAGAGAAGCUAACAGAUGAAGAAGUUGAUGAAAUGAUUAGGGAAGCAGAUAUUGAUGGUGAUGGUCAAGUAAACUAUGAAGAAUUUGUACAAAUGAUGACAGCAAAGUGAAGAGAUUGUACAGAACGUGUUAAAUUUCUUGUACAAAAUUGUUUUUGCCUUUUGUUUGUAACUUAUCUGUAAAGGGUUUUUUCCCUUACUGUCAAAAAUAUGCAUGUAUAGUAAUUAGAAUUCCAUUUUAUGUUUUUUCUCCCUCUAUCUUACUGUCAUUGUUCUGACAAGUUUUUGGAAAAAUUGAUCAAAAGUAACAAAUGUUGCAUGUGGCUUACUUUGGAUAUUUAAGCCCUUCUGCCCAUCUAAAGUCUGUUGGAGUUGAUCAAAUGAGGGAACAUCUGGGUUAUGCUUGUUAAAGUAGCUUUCUUCAGGAAACUUAGCAUGUUGUUAAAACGUGGAGCCUUAACUCUGCGUGGACUAUUGACAGUUAACAAUAUGGAACUUAAAAGUUGCACUAUUGCAAAACGGGUGUAUUACCUAGGUACUCGUUCGUACACUAUUUUUUUUGUACCAGAAAAUCAUUUUCUCUUACUAUGCUUAUUUAAACUCUGUUUAGCCACUUCUUUUCAGAAUAAUCUGCUUAUGGCACAA